AUGUCGAAAGGCCACCUACAGCAGCAAAACGGCUCCGUGCCCGGGGGCGGUCCGGACGAUUUUUCGGACGACGAGAGCACGCCGCUCACGCAUGACUAUGGCGGCAGCCGGGGCACAGUCGUGGAGACAAAGGGCUGGGACGUGUUCCGGGAUCCACCCCCGAAGAUCGAUUCCGGCUCCAUGGCGAACCAGCGCUGCCUCGACAUCACCGUCCAGAUAACGAAAGCCUUCGUCUACCUUCUAGUCUUCGGUAUCGUGCUCGGGAGCGGUGUCAUCGCCAAAGGGACGCUCUUACUCAUGACCUCGCAACUCAAGGCCGAUCGCACGAUCGUCUACUGCAACAGGCAGUUGGGCCGGGAUCGUCAGUUCGUGGUGAGCCUACCCGAGGAGGAGCGCAUCGCUUGGAUCUGGUGCAUAAUCGGCGCUUACCUCGUCCCGGAAAUCGGCAUGCUCUUCCGUAGCGUGCGCAUGUGCAUCUUCAAGUCGUGGAAGAAGCCCCUCUCCUCGCACUUCCUCCUCGUCUUCUUCAUGGAGACCUUCCACGUGGUCGGGCUGGCGAUGCUCUUCUUCGCGGUUCUCCCGGAAGUCGACGUCGUCAAGGGCGCCAUGCUGACCAACUGCGUGUGCUUCGUGCCCGGCCUGCUCGGACUCCUCUCGCGCAACAAGAGCAAAGACGAGUCGAGGCGCUUCGUCCUGGUCCUGGUCGACCUGGCCGCCCUCGCCGCCCAAGCUACCGCUUUCGUCGUCUGGCCGCUACUCGACGGCGGCAAGUCACCCUCCCUGUGGCUCAUACCGCCCGCCCUGAUCCUCGUCUCGUGCCGCUGGUGGGAGAACUACGUGUCCGCCCAGAGCCCCAUCGGCAUCGUGAGGACCCUCGGACGCGUCAAACGCGACCUCAUACAGACGCGCUACUUCACCUACAUGUUCAUCUCGGCCUGGAAGAUGGUGGCCUUCUUAAUCAGCACCUGCAUCAUCCUGCACUUCAAGGGCCAAAACUUUGGCCAUCUCUUCUCGAUGUUCGGCUCGGCCUUCGGCGAGCACAAAAUCACCGUCCAAGCGGUCCGGCAGACGCCGGGUGGCGUCCUACCCGACUUCCUCGAGAUCCUACCUAACGGGGACAACGAGAUCGUCAACGCGGAACUCCACACGCCCGGCCAGGCCCUACUCAUCCUCAUAGUCUGUUCCUACCUCAUGUACAUAUUCGGCAAGUUUGCCUGCAAGAUCAUGAUACAGGGCUUCAGCUACGCGUUCCCGGUCAACCUGACGACCCCCGUGUCGAUAUCCCUGCUGAUAGCCGCCUGCGGGCUCAGGAACGGCGACCCCUGCUUCUUCCACGGCAAGAUGCCCGACUACCUGUUCUUCGAGUCGCCGACCCUCUACUUCCUCAACGACUUCAUGUCCAAGCAAUACGGCUGGCUCUGGCUCCUCUGGCUUUUGUCCCAGACCUGGUUCACCCUCCACAUAUGGACGCCCAAGUGCGAGAGACUCGCCGCCACGGAGAAGCUCUUUGUCAUCCCGAUGUACGACGGACUGCUGGUCGACCAAUCGAUGAGCCUCAACAGGAAAAGAGACGACCAGCCAGAGGUCAAGGUCGAGGACUUGGCGGAGAUCGAGAAGGAGAAGGGCGACGGUGACUACGAGACCAUUUACGAGCAGACGGACGGGACGAGCACGCCACCCUCGGCGGUCAAGAGCAGCGACCACGUGACGCGCAUCUACGCCUGCGCUACCAUGUGGCACGAGAACAAAGAGGAGAUGAUGGAGUUCCUCAAGAGUAUCCUGAGACUCGACGAGGACCAGUGCGCGAGGCGCGUCGCCCAGAAAUACCUCAAGGUCGUCGACCCCGACUACUACGAGUUUGAGACACAUAUAUUCUUCGACGACGCGUACGAGCUGUGCGACCACGACGAGAACGAGUCCCAGGUGAAUCGUUUUGUGAAGCUGCUGGUCGGCACGCUGGACGAGGCCGCCUCGGACGUCCAUCAGACGCGAAUGCACGUGCGGGCCGCCAAAAAGUACCAGACCCCGUACGGGGGACGGCUCAUUUGGACACUGCCCGGCAAGACGAAGAUGAUCGCCCAUCUGAAGGACAAGAGCAAGAUCCGGCACAGAAAGCGCUGGAGUCAGGUGAUGUACAUGUACUACCUCCUGGGGCACCGGCUGAUGGAGCAGCAGAUAAGCGUCGAUCGGAAGGAGGUCAUAGCCGAAAACACCUUUCUGCUGACCCUCGACGGGGACAUAGACUUCCAGCCGUCGGCGGUGAUGCUGCUCGUCGAUCUUAUGAAGAAGAACAAGAACUUGGGGGCCGCUUGCGGACGUAUCCACCCGGUUGGCUCGGGUCCCAUGGUCUGGUACCAGAUGUUCGAGUACGCGAUCGGCCAUUGGCUGCAGAAGGCCACCGAGCACAUGAUCGGCUGUGUACUCUGUAGUCCUGGGUGCUUCUCGCUCUUCAGGGGCAAGGCUCUCAUGGACGACAACGUCAUGAAGAAGUACACCACGAGGUCGGAGGAGGCUCGCCACUACGUGCAGUACGACCAGGGCGAGGACCGAUGGCUCUGCACCCUGCUCCUGCAGAGGGGAUAUCGGGUCGAGUACUCGGCUGCCAGCGACGCCUACACCCACGCCCCGGAGGGAUUCAACGAGUUUUACAAUCAGCGCCGACGAUGGGUACCCUCGACCAUCGCCAACAUCAUGGAUCUUCUCAUGGACGCCAAGCGGACGAUCAAGAUCAACGACAACAUAUCGCUGCCCUACAUCUGGUACCAAAUAUUGCUCAUGGGUGGUACGAUACUGGGUCCCGGUACGAUAUUUCUCAUGUUGGUGGGAGCCUUCGUGGCCGUCUUUAGGAUCGACAACUGGACGAGCUUCUACUACAACAUAAUCCCCAUACUGUUGUUCAUGUUCAUCUGUUUCACGUGCAAAUCGGAAAUACAGUUACUGUGCGCGCAAAUCCUGUCCACGGCCUACGCGAUGAUAAUGAUGGCCGUGAUAGUGGGCACGGCGCUCCAAUUGGGCGAGGACGGCGUAGGCUCACCAUCCGCGAUAUUCCUCAUAUGUAUGUCGAGCUCCUUCGUCAUAGCCGCCUGCCUGCACCCGCAGGAAUUCAUGUGCAUCGUGCCGGCCAUCAUCUACCUCCUCUCCAUCCCGUCCAUGUACCUCCUCCUCAUCCUCUACUCGAUCAUCAACCUGAACGUCGUAUCCUGGGGCACCCGCGAGGUUCAAGUCAAAAAGACCAAAAAGGAAUUGGAGCAAGAGAAGAAGGAGGCCGAGGAGGCGAAGCGGAAGGCCAAGCAAAAGUCGCUGCUCGGGUUUUUACAGAACGACGUGGGCAACAACGACGACGACCAAGGCAGCAUCGAGAUCUCCCUGGCCGGGCUGUUCAGGUGUAUGCUGUGCACCCACGGCAAGCCGUCCGACGAGAAGCAGCAGCUCGUCGCGAUAGCCGAGUCGCUCGAGAUACUCGGCAAGCGGCUCGAAACCAUCGAGAAAGCGGUAGACCCGCACGGGCACAUGUCGGGCGGUAGGAGGCGCGCCUCGUCCGUGGGCUCGCGCUCAGCCGAUCACCUGGGCGCCAUCGGGGAGGACCCGGCGGAGGAGGACGGCCGCGACAGCGAGACCGAGAGCACCGCCAGCCAGAACUCGGACGCCGAGAGGAACGCUGGCUUCCCCUCGAGGCCCUACUGGCUCGACGACGAGGGCCUCAAGAAGGGCGAGGUCGGCGUGCUGUCGAUGCAAGAGGAGCAGUUCUGGAAGGAUCUGCUGGACAAGUAUCUUUAUCCGAUUGACGAGGACAAGGCCGAGAAGGCGCGAAUAGCCAAAGAUUUGAAGGACCUGCGCGACCAGAGCGUCUUUGGUUUCUUUAUGCUGAACGCCCUCUUCGUCCUGAUUGUGUUUCUCCUCCAAUUAAACAAAGACCAGUUGCACGUGAGGUGGCCCUUCGGUAUCAAGACGAACAUCACCUAUGACGAGGCGUCCCAAGAGGUGCAAAUAACAAAAGAAUACCUGCAGCUCGAGCCGAUCGGUCUCGUCUUCGUGUUCUUCUUCUCGCUCAUCUUGCUCAUACAAUUCACCGGUAUGCUGCUCCAUCGCUUCGGAACACUGGCCCACAUACUGGCCAGUACCGCGCUCGACUGGUACUGUUGUAAAAAGUCCAAGGACCUUUCGGAGGACGCCCUGCUGUCCAAGCACGCGGUCGACAUAGUGAGGGACCUCCAGAGGCUGGACGGCAUGGAGGGUGACUACGACGAGGGCAGCGGCAGCGGACCCGGGCGCCGCAAGACCAUCCGCAACCUCGAGAAGAGCCGUCGCAAGACCCAAGCCAUCAACACCCUGGACGUCGCCUUCCGCCAGCGGUUCUUCAGCCUCGCCGAGGGACAGGGCAUGGGUCUGCCGCGCAACAUGUCGACGCGCCGCUCGACGAAGGCGUUCAAGGCGUUCGAGGGGAGGCGCAACAGCAUCAUGGCGGCCCAGCGCCGCAAGUCCCAGAUGCAGACCCUCGGGGCUAACAACGUCUACGGGGUUGCCGGCAACGCGCUGGGCAUACAGCCCCGGCCGACGCGCAGCAGCCAAAUAAGCGUCAAGGACGUCUUCGAGAACCAUGGGGCUCACGCGAACCCCGGCUUCGAGGCGGACGAUAGUCCCAGGAACAGCCUGAGGCUGCAGCCCAUGGCGUCUUCUGGGGCUGUUACUUCAGCCGCUGGGCAGCUCGGCGGCUCGUGGCGGGGAUCCAACUCCAACUUGUAA